GGCUGGCCACUCCCAUUUAUGCACGAGCCCCCCUAUUUCUGAUCAAGGCUAUAUAAAUCCGGGUCUCGCCGAAAUUCAUGCGAGCACAACAGAAACGCCAGCCUCUUCUCUUGUGCCUGCCUCCCCUUCCUCUCCUGAUCUCCAGAGCGAGAGGGAGGGGGAUCUAGAUUCUAGAUAGAAGCUCCAAACCCGGCCGUUUCGGUUAUCCAGAGAGACCAGAGGACAUGGCGUCAAUCCCCAGAGCGUCGUCCCUUGUCGCCAUGGCCAUCGUCGUCGUGCUCGCCUCCGUGGCCAGCGCCCAGGGCCCCGCCCCGGCACCCACCGCCAGCGAUGGAACGAGCGUGGACCAAGGGAUCGCGUACGUGCUCAUGUUCGUGGCGCUCGCCCUCACCUACCUCAUCCACCCGCUGGACGCCGCCUCCGCCUACAGGCUCCUCUGAACCGAGCUCCCCCUCUUCUGUAACUCGACGCCGCCGUGUGUGUAAUCAGUUCAUCCAGCUUAAUCGUUCGUUCCGGAAACCAGGAUUGUAGUCCAUGUAGUUUCUUCUUUCUAGCUUCUCAGUUGGAGAUUUGCGAGUGAGGAAAAUGAUGCCGAUUCCUUUACUUCUAGUUCUAGAGAUGUAAUGCAGUUAUUCUCUGUCCGGAAAUAUCCCCGCAGAAGAUAAAAGGGUGUGUCUAGGGCACAUCUGGAUGUGCCCUACUUAUUGCACAUCUAAAUGAGUGAAUCAAGCAUAAAGAAAAAAAAGAAAAAAAAAUAUCCACACGAAUCUCGAUGUAAGAUUAAUGACAUGGGACUUAGAUGUGCAAUAUUUAUGGCACAUCUAGAUA